CAAAGCCGCUACAAAUGAGCGGGAAGAGGAACGACGGUGCCACGCAAGCUCGGGGCACACAGACCAGGGCGUCUCUGUCUCAGCACGAGAACAGGCACACAGCAGAUGCAGCCACAGACGUUGGGCCAGUUGCUUGAGACCUCCGCCCCGGAAAGGAGGUUUUCUAGCGGCAUCAGCAAGUUGGAUGCCGCCUUGCCGGGGAAGAACGGCUUCAGGACAGGCAUCUACGACAUCUCCGGCACGGUGGGCUACGUCGGGCUCGGGGCCUACGAAAUCCUCUUCAACGUCGUUCUGGGCGUGCUUGCAAGCAAGGGCAGGGUGCUGUGCGUACAGACGACUAACAAGUUCCCGUGGCUGAAGCUGCAGAAAAACAGGAGGUUCAGACCCGAGUACGGCGACCAGAUCGACUGCAUCGACGUCGGCAACCUCGUGGACGUAAUCGUGCUCUUCAAGAGCAAACGCUUCUUUGACCCCUACAGUAUGAUCAUCCUCGACUCGUUCCCGGGCAUGUACGCCGAGUCGAUCAGAAACAUGAAGGCGCUGAUCGGACCGUCGGCCAACGGCGACUACAGCGAGCCCGUGAUCAAGUUCUACCAGUCCGCCCGCAAGCUCUUCCACCUGAUGCAGCAGGUGUGCACGAACUCGCAGCACGGGACGAUGAUCUUCACCGUCGGACCCAUGGACAUCUUCAACCAGAAGGUGCUCAUCCACGCCGUCGAGGACUCCGACUACGACUCUACCGACUCGGACCCGCCCGACAUGGACGCAGCCCCGAAACGGCCUGCAUACAUCAACCAGCAGAUCUUUGUGCCCACCAUCUCACUCAAGUCCGACCUCAACUCCUACUACAACGGCAGAAUCAUAGUCUACAGGGACUGGGUGCUCGAAAACGCCAACAACGAGCUCGUCUCGGGGCUUGACAACAAGAACCAGUCUGUUUUCGAAAACUCGCUGGCCCUCAUGGCAAGCGGCAAGAUGAAGUGUCUCCCACAUUUCCUCUGCGUCACUUCCAGCCCAAGUCAUCUACGCGAUCCGGCCAAACUCACAGGCUUUUUCCUCGUUGACAACAACUUCCAGGUGAUAGACAUCGCCCACACCGCCGUCAACGUCGACGCCGAUGGCAACUUUGAUCUGGAGAUCCCAGAUUCCCAGGAGUGAGAGAGCCCUGUAUAUACCUGCCCUCUGCCUCUUCUCUUUACUAAGCAUCUGUAAUAUACCUCUAUAAUUAAAACAGCCUCAUUUCCUCCCUAA